AGAAAGAGAAAUGGUUAUAAUGGUGUGGAGAUAAAGUUGGAAGGCAUGCCCUAGAAGUUGGCAUGAGAAGGAAAGAAUAGUAAAGAAUAAUAGUGGGAUUAUGUAAAUGGUUAUAGAAAAAGAGAAAAGUUGGUGAGAGUUUUGGCAGUGUUUGGAGAAGGAUUAGGAGGCAAAGGAGUGUGAGUGCGUUAUGGUGAGAUAAGAGAAGAUAGUGGGUUUGUUUGAGUUUGAGGAAGAUGAUGAUGAUACACGCCGGCAGCUUUACUCUUUCUUUCUUUCUUUCUUUCUUUCACUCUCUCUCUCUAUCUCUAUACAUCUCUACAUACACAAUUCGCACGCCUGCUCCCACUCAUCCAAUACAAAUACUCUCUCAAACACCUUUUCCUCACACUUUCUUAUUUUUCAUCUUUUGUCAGACACAAUUCUAUUCUAAGCAUCAAUCCCAUAUCCUUAUUAUUUUUAUUUUAUCUUUCAAUAAACAACAAUAACCUACAAAACAAACCCAACCCCUCGACUUUUGUUUCCACCUCACCCCCAAAAAUUAACCCACAUAACAAUUACGUAACUUUGUAUAUACACAUCUAUGGUAAGUAUGUAGUGUAUGUGCAAACCCAAUCCAUUCACAAUUUCCUAUUCCACCGCCACACCACCGUUAAAAAAUCACGUUACGUCCAUUCUCUUUGGUUGGUUGAGUGGGGAGGACGUGAGUGAUGUCCAUGCGAGUCAAAGGUUGAUAAACCUUAAAUGGAUACGACGUUGUUUGGGGUAGUGAGAUUCCAACAUCGGGUUCAAGGUGAUCAAGAUCAAUCCCUCAACAACUCCACCACCACCAGCAGCUCUCGAUCCUCCAGACAACACAACAAUAACUAUCCCUACCCACAAGAAGACGAAGAAUGCUUCAACUUUUUCAUGGAUGAAGAAGACCUAUCCUCGUCUUCUUCUAAGCACUACUAUCCCUAUCAACCCCACCCUCACUCCACUACACCAACCACCACCACCACCGACCUCUCCUUCUCCCCCACUCGCGACGCCGCCUUCCCUUUCCAGCUCUCCGCCAAGUGGGCCAACGACAUCCUCCUCGAAACCGCACGUGCCGUCUCCGACAAGAACACCACGCGCCUCCAACAACUCAUGUGGAUGCUCAACGAGCUCGCCUCCCCCUACGGCGACACAGACCAGAAACUCGCCUCCUACUUCCUCCAGGCCUUCUUCAGCCGCAUCACCCAGGCCGGGGACCGGACCUAUCGAACCUUAGCCUCGGCCUCCGAGAGAACGUGCUCCUUCGAAUCCACGCGCAAGACCGUGCUGAAGUUCCAGGAGCUCAGUCCCUGGACAACCUUCGGACACGUGGCGUCCAAUGGUGCCAUCUUGGAAGCCUUGGAAGGCGAGCCCAAACUACACAUAGUUGACAUCAGCAACACCUAUUGCACCCAAUGGCCUACGCUCUUCGAAGCCUUGGCCACCCGAAACGACGACACCCCCCACCUCCGUCUCACCUCCCUCGUCACCGCCGCCUCCGCGCACAAGGUCAUGAAGGAAAUCGGCGCCAGAAUGGAGAAAUUCGCCAGACUCAUGGGCGUGCCCUUUCAAUUCAACGUCGUUCAUCACUUAGGUCAACUUUCCGACUUCGAUUUCAGCGCCUUGGAUAUCAAAGAGGACGAGGCUCUGGCUAUUAACUGCGUCAAUACUUUGCAUUCGGUCUCCGCCAUCGGGAACCACCGUGAAGCGGUGAUAUCCUCGUUGAGGAGGCUGCAGCCGAGGAUCGUGACGGUGGUGGAGGAGGAGGCGGACUUGGACGUGGGAUUGGAGGGGCUGGAGUUCGUGAAGGGGUUUGAAGAGUGUUUGAGGUGGUUUAGGGUUUACUUCGAAGCGUUAGAAGAGAGCUUUCCGAAGACGAGCAACGAGCGGUUGAUGCUGGAGCGGGCGGCGGGUAGGGCGAUGGUCGACCUGGUGGCGUGUUCGGCGGCGGAUUCUGUGGAGCGGCGGGAGAGGGCGGGGCGGUGGACGAGGAGGAUGCAUGGAGUUGGAUUCAAUACGGUGGCGUUUAGCGAAGAGGUGUGUGAUGACGUGAGAGCGUUGUUGAGGAGGUAUAGGGAGGGAUGGUCAAUGGCACAGUGCUCCGACGCCGGAAUAUUCCUUUCGUGGAAGGACCAGCCGGUGGUGUGGGCCAGUGCAUGGAGGGCCUUGACGUAGCGUAGAGGAGAAUGACUUGACGUGAGUAAUGAGUUGAGGGACUGAAUCCCACGUGCUCUCUGUUCUCAAAGCACGUGCCCCUGGCUCAGCUGAGGGCUUUUUUUUUUCUUUAAGCUAAUUCAUGUCUUUUUUUCCAGUUUGGUACGUAAGACAAUGGGAUUAAUCGGAGGGUAUGAGGAUGAUUGCAGCAAUGGGAUUUGCCUGUAUUAUUCAAAAAGGAAUCAUCGACUAAAUUUAUUUUCAUCAUUCACUUUUUUCACA